AUGGUCCGAGAUUCUGACGGAUCAUCAUCACGGUCACGGACACCUGAACCCGGGUCAGCCAGUCUACGGUCGUCAGCUUCAUCGCUUGGCAGGAGGUUCACAAACCUUCUCCCUAUAAGUCGCAAAUCGACAAGACAAGUCGCUGAAAGGGCCAAAAAUGAGUUUGGCCUCAACACGGUCUACCAACCUCCCGAGUCUUCUAAUGUGAUCGCCGACUUGGUCUUCGUGCAUGGCCUAGGUGGCGGCUCCAGUACUACAUGGUGCAUUCAUGGGGAUCCAGAGAGUUUCUGGCCCAAGGAGUGGCUUCCCAAGGAUCCUGACUUUGAUGGUGUCAGGGUGCGCAGCUUUGGGUACAAUGCAAACUGGUCAACGCGAGCAAAGACGCCUCUCGACGUUCGUUCUUUUGGGCAAUCCCUUGUCGAGGAACUCAUCAGUGACCCUAUGAUCAAGUCUUCAGACACGCCAAUAGUCCUUCUUGGGCACAGCAUGGGCGGUUUGGUCAUUAAACAGGCAUGCAUCCUAUCAAAGACAAACCGGGACUUCGCACAACUCGCGCAGAGGUUCCACUCGUUCUACUUUCUUGGUACACCGCAUCGUGGAGCAAACCUCGCAAAGUUCCUGGGUAACCUCAUUCGUAUCUCUGGUAAGGGCCGCAAGCCUUACGUUCAGGGGCUAGAGUCUCAGUCUGAGAUCAUCCGGAGCCUUAAUGAUAGCUUCCGUGUGCAUUACGCCGGAAUUUGUUUGCACAGUUUCUACGAAUCCCAACCAACACCCCCGGUUGGGUUGAUUGUAGAUAUGGAAUCAGCUACACUAGGAUAUGCAGAAGAACGCCCUCAACUUUUAAACGCUAACCACAAAAAUCUAAUCAAGUUUCGAGAUAUUACAGACACCAACUACAGGUCUCUCAGAAACCGCCUUGCCGCCACUAUGGAACAGAUCCGAGCCAACAUAGUUACUAUCGACAAGGCAGAGAACCAUGGGGUGAAAGAUCAAAAAGGAAAAUUACCAAUUCUCUCGCCUAAUCCGAACAAUAGGACUCUGCCAGAGCCGCUUUUGUUGUAUCACAAUACACCAGAUGAUGAGCAGCUGAAAGCCAUCUAUAGAUACUUGUCUAUGGACUACGGCCCGGAAGAGGCUCUCCUAUCCUUGGAUGAUACUAGACUAGAAGGCUCCUGCUCAUGGCUUCCCGCAAAGCCUUCUUAUCAGGAAUGGCUUCGCGCUCCAGCUCCCCGGUAUUUCUAUCUCAAAGGGGCACCUGCAUCUGGCAAGUCGAUUAUGUCGAGUUACGUUAUCAGAUGCCUAAAACAAGACGAGAGGCCAACUUGUUACUACUUCUUCAAAGCCGGAGAGAAAACAGCUCCUAACCUAAGCAUCUUCCUCCGUUCAAUGGCAUAUCAGAUGGCGACGGUGAACCCUACGAUUCGAGGCGCGCUUUUUUAUUUGGCACUGCACGGUCCAUCAAUAGACAUUCGCAACGUCAAAUCUAUCUGGUACAAUAUUUUCACAAGUUGCAUUUUCAACAAGGCACUUACCAGACCGCACUUCUGGGUCAUAGAUGCUCUGGAUGAAGCGACUCAAACCAGCAAUGCCGAAGAUUACUUCCUUCUACUAUCCAAGAUUGAUGAUGAGAUCCCUCUCAAAGUCUUUGUGACCAGUAGACCAACUCAGGAACUGGACCAUUCUUUUACGCAGCUUCCAACAAUUAUUGAGCUCAUAACUCCCGAUGACUCCAUGCGCGAUAUCCAGCUAUACGUCAAUACCUGGUCUGCCAAUCUCCCAGUGGACGAGGUUGACGAUCGCAACAGACUCGUAGACAAGAUUGUUCGCAUGUCGGGAGGUAGCUUUCUGUGGACUGUUUUGAUCAUGAAAAAGCUUCGCCACGUCUUGGCCGUUGAGGAGAUACAUGAUGUCUUGAACGAGGUACCCCAGAGGAUGAAUGAGCUGUACCAGCAUAACAUCGAGAUCAUGGAGAAUUCGCCAUCGAAGAAGAAAGGAACUGUUAAGCACAUCAUCAUAUGGGCCAUCUGCGCUGUCCAACCUUUGACCGUUGACCAGAUGAGGGAAGCCAUUAAACUCAGCCAGAACAUCACACUUUCACUGAAUCUUCGAACAAGCCUCCAGUCAAUAUGUGGCCAAUUCCUUGAUGUCGAUAAACAUUCACGGAUCCAGGUCGUUCACGAAACAGCGCGAGCAUUCCUGACAGACCAUACUCUUGACUCAGAGUUUCGGGUAGAUUAUUCCGAAGGUCACGGGAUCAUCGCAGCUUCUUGUCUCGAAUAUCUACUUGGGGAUGAGAUGAAGUAUUCGAAAUGGCGAAGGAGCUUAGCAACUGCGGGCCCAAGCAAGAGUUGCAUGACCGACUAUGCUUGUCUGAGGUGGAGUGAGCACGUGGUCAGGAGCACUUCAUCUUCAGACCGUUUAUUUGAGCUACUCGUCCGGUUCUUCCAAACAAACGUCCUUUCGUGGAUUGAGCGAGUUGCCCAGCUCAGAGACCUUGAAUGCUUAAAUCGAACAUCGAGACACCUGUCAAGCUACCUCGGACGAAGGACCAAAUAUACCCCAAUUCUACCGCGAGAUCUCAACGCUUGGGUUGUUGACCUGCCCAGAAUAGUGACACAAUUUGGUACCAACCUAGUAAACGACCCCGCAUCUAUCCAUACACUGAUCCCGCCAUUCUGCCCUCGCGAUUCGGCCAUCCACCAGACUUUUGGAUAUGCAGAAGACGGGAUAAAACUUGUUGGCGCGUGGAACUCUGGUUGGGAUGAUAGAGUAUGCUCCAUCUCGUUCCAUGAGACCUAUACAAGAGAGGUUGCAGCACGCGAUCAUCGCUUUGCUGUGGGCCUUGCAGAUGGUCUACUCAAGAUAUACAGUAACUCGACAUGCCAAGAGCUCUUUACUCUUGAUCACGCCGAAUCACUAUCAGUUCUCGACUUUGGACACACUGCCAAGUAUGUUGCCUCAGCGGGCUUGCGGCGUGUCAGACUUUGGGAUGCAAAUACUGGCAAAGAAAUAUUCAAUGUCAGCACAGACUCUCAAACACUGGCAGUUGCGUUGAAUGAAACUGAAACGUCCCUCAUUGUUGCCUCAAGGGACCGAUCUCUUGCCAAGUACCAAAUCUCAGAUGGUACAUGUUUCUACAAGGAGCAAUGGAUGGACACAUUUAUCGAAUCUAAAAACGUGGGGUUUCCACCGUCUCCGAGCGCCGUUCGUAUAUCAAUCGAAUUACAAGUUAUGGCCGUUGUUUACAGAAGCCAACCAGUGCAGUUAUGGUCGCUUGAUAGCGAAAGACCUGUUGGUGCUUGCAUACGUCCAACAGCGCACAAAAACUCAAACGCUCGACAUAUCGUCCAUUCAGCCGUUUUUAACCCCAGCUCCUCCAAUCCUGGCUUGUUGGUGUCCUAUUGGGAUGAUGUGCUCGAAGUGUACGACGUUAGAACAUGCAGAACCCUCGCAUCCACAUCAGCAGGUCUAGACAGGAUAGCUAUUGCUCCCAAUGGAAAGACGAUUGCAGGUAGUGAUGGAACAGGUGGAAUCAAGAUCUUCGACUUUGAAACGCUACAGUUCUUGCACAGAAUACAGGUUCAAGGCGACCCGGUGACAUCGCUUGUGUUCGGGACUGAUGGCCUCCGGAUUAUUGACGUUAGAGGUACACACGCCAACGUCUGGGAGCCACUAGUCCUCGUGAGUCAGGACUCUGAUUCCCGCUCGAGUGAGCCUAGUGAGUCAGUUCAUCAUAUAGUUGACGACAUGGGCGUUUCUGUUGUCAACGAGUCGGCAGCAAUCACCGCUUUGCAGUGCUGUGAGGAGAGUGGUAUAGCCUUCUGUGGACGGAACAAUGGAAGUGUUGAUACGUGCAACCUCGAUGAUCCCGAAAAGACAAUGCGCAGUCUUUACAGCCAUCGCGGUAAUUUCACAAGUGUGACUUGCAUUGGGUGGGCUUGUAAACCGCGGAUUGCUGCUAGUGCAGACUCAUCAGGCAGGUUUCGUAUCAUGCAGAUUACGACAGGUGCACGCAGAGAAUGGGGUGCAGAAAUGUUGACCGAAGGCCAGUUGGACCCCGGUCAUAUCGUUAGUCAGGUCCUUGUUCACCCGGAAGGAUUGUAUCUGCUAGUUUCGUCCUCAGAAGUGGACUCAGUCUGGUGUGUGAGGUCCAAAGAGAGAGUUGCGAGUUUGACAAGUCGAAACCGAGUAACUUGGAAGUGGUUUGUGCGGCCAUCGACUCCUCCUCAACUGCUUCUCUUCGAGGAUAGGAUGAUGAAGCUCUAUAACUGGGCCGAUCUCAGCGAGCUCGCUUCAGCUGAAGCUCCCAUCAUCCCCACUAUAUUGGGCAGAAGGGACUCGGGGCCUGGGGCUCUCAACGAUGCGGACGCUAUUUCCAUCUCCAGUGAAGGCGACGACUUGGUGUUCGUUGAGAAGCUGCAGCCAACCCAUAAGGAUUUACAGAUCAUGCCCAGUCUUUCUCAAAGCAAUACCAAGAUCCAUGUCUUUGAUCUCUCCUUUCUCGAAGCACAUGCAACACUUUCUUCGAGGACGCCUGCCCAUUUCAGCUCAACGGCGAGUACACGAUCUUCUUCUGCUCCCCCUCGACGUAUUCAGUCUCUUUCACAUCAUUCUCCACCCCCACAACUCCACAACCCAUUCUCUACAACCCCACUCGAAAAUCCACCAAAUGUCCCCCCAUUUCAUGCCGCCAGCAGCUUAUCUUCGGCACAUCGCCGCUCUUCAGUCAGGAAUGUGGCUGAUGUCCCCAACGUUGAGAGAAUUGUUGGAACAGUGAAAAGAUUUAACUCAUGGUUCUUGAUCUUUAUUUCUCGAGAAGGCUGGGUUUGCUCUGUAGAGCUUGGGGGCAGCAAAGUUCUUGAUACAUUCGAGAAGCACUUUUUCGUUCCCACUGUCUGGCGGACUGCAAAUUCAACCCUUAUCACCAAGGUUCGCCGAAAUCAGGAUAUUAUUUUUAUCCAUCAAGAUGGCGUGAUUGUUAUUAAAAACGGUUUAGAUAAUGGGCGACAUGUUUCAUUUUCUUAG